CAUACCUGCCUGGAAGAGGGUACACUCAGUUCUACCUACCUUGAAAGAGGGUACACUCAGUUCUACCUACCUGGAAGGAGGGUACACUCAGUUCUACCUACCUGGAAGGAGGGUACACUCAGUUCUACCUACCUGGAAGGAGGGUACACUCAGUUCUACCUACCUGGAAGGAGGGUACACUCAGUUCUACCUACCUGGAAGGAGGGUACACUCAGUUCUACCUACCUGGAAGGAGGGUACACUCAGUUCUACCUACCUGGAAGGAGGGUACACUCAGUUCUACCUACCUGGAAGGAGGGUACACUCAGUUCUACCUACCUGGAAGGAGGGUACACUCAGUUCUACCUACCUGGAAGGAGGGUACACUCAGUUCUACCUACCUGGGAGGAGGGUACACUCAGUUCUACCUACCUGGAAGGAGGGUACACUUAGUUCUACCUACCUGGAAGGAGGGUACACUCAGUUCUACCUACCUGCCGUGGCUAUGUCGUUGUCCCUGGGAGUAUACAGACACUAUGCCGUACAGUAGUACACACUAGCAGGUGACGUGCCGGUGUACACGGUGGAUAUACGCAUACCCCGGGAGGAGGGCUGAUUUCCCCCCGGCAGGGGAUGGGCGGGCGGCAGAGCACUAACCCAGCUUCGGACGGCCGGACUCGGGCAUACUCGGGCUCAGACAUUCCCUCUACCACCGGGAGAGGACCGAUCCGGGCCCCGGCGGGGGUGGCCACCUCCUCCCCCCUGGCCAGGUACUCCUACGUGCAGGGCGGACACCCGGCGGCGGUGGCAGGGCCGGAGAGCAGCCAGCCCACCCUGGGCUCCCGGAGCCGCUCUGUUGGGGGUCUCCGGGGUCAGGCCCCGCUCAGCCAGGCCGGGCUCAGCAUCCCCGGGGCCGCCCGAGACUCUGGCAGCAGCACCCCCGAGGAAGCCGGUGGCCGGGAGAGGGGCCCGGGGGGCGGAGGAGGAGGAUCCCGGCUGCUGAUCGGAUCCCUGCCCUCUCACCUCUCCCCGCAUCUCUUCGGAGGAUUUAAGUGCCCGGUGUGCUCGAAGUUUAUUCCUACAGAUGAAAUGGAUUUACAUCUCGUCAUGUGCUUGACAAAGCCAAGAAUCACAUAUAAUGAGGACGUACUAUGUAAAGAUACUGGAGAAUGUGCGAUAUGCCUGGAAGAUUUACAGCAAGGGGACACAAUAGCGAGAUUACCGUGCCUCUGUAUAUAUCACAAAGGGUGCAUAGAUGAAUGGUUUGAAGUAAACAGAUCUUGUCCUGAACAUCCUUCAGAUUAGACACCCAUUUUUCUGUACCACAGGUCUCUUUCUUUUCUUCAAUGAAUUGUAUGGAUUGGAGGUGGAAAAAAAACGGACUAUAUGAAAUAACCUGGGAGUUGGCAUUAAAACAGAUUUCCAGCCUUAGAUUACUGUGUCGCUGUGACUCUCUGAAUACAAUCAAAAUAUCCAAUGAAGUCAAGCAAAUCCCAGAAAAGAUAAUUGAUUGCCUCCGAGAUCAGUGUGCCAAACAUCCGUACCAAGGACACACCGGGAUCUUCCAAAUGCUGCACGUACUGUUCCAAAAAGAGAAAGAGAGAGAGAAAAAAAAAAUCAUCUUUUACCAUCAUUCCUUCUAACGAACUAUUAUAAAGGAAGGCCAAAGUUAACAUACACGUCUCCCAGCAUUCACUUCUUUUUCUUCCUAUUAAAAUAAGAUCUCAGUUUUGAACUACAGUCUUAUAACUGAGUUAAUGACAUCUCUAGUAAAAACUUAUAUUUUUAAUUUUAUUUUUUUAAAUUUUUUUUUGAGGGGAGGGAGGGGGUUUGGGAUCUUUAAUUUAGAUGCCAAAUUAAUAAUUGAUAAUUGACUUCAUUAUUUUCAUACAAACCUGGCAUUUGUUCUUACUGAUGAUAAAUGUGAAACUGCACAUAUAAGUGUAAAAAAAAAAGAAAAAUCUAUACUGUACCAACAAGAAGCCAACGUGAAAGAUCAGAGCCUAAAUGUAUGGAAUUUAUCAAUUAUGACUUCAAUCCUGUUGAUCUAGACCCUUCUUUGUGAUUGUCUGGUGCUUAACCCUUUCAUCUCAGAGAGUCCCCCCCCCCGCAUAAUCUGUGUUAAGACUUGUGUUGAAAAAACAUGGACUUUUAUAAAUGUUUAAAUCUGUCAGGGAACCUAAGCCAUCAAAGUGCCAUUAAAAUAUAAUAUAUUACGCAUAUCCUAAGCCUGUUUACAGGGGACAAUAUGCACUUCAUGAAACAUGGAGGAGUCUCCCUUAAUUGUAUUUUUAAGGGCAAUUAAACAUUAAAAUAGUUGUUCUGG